AUGGAUGUCAAACAGAGGCCCGAUGGUGUGGCUGUGGACGAGGACAAGCUAGAGGCUGCUGCUGGCGGUAUCGAGAAUGCAGGCAACGAGCCGACCGCAAUGGACAAACUCACCCUCCGCCAGCUCGUGGUGAAACACCCGGCUGUGAUAUGGUGGGCUUUUUACUGGGGAAUGACCGCUGUAGCCUGGGGGUUCGAUGCGCAGAUCAACGGGGCUGUCAUAUCGAUUGAAUCAUUCCGUCGUGCCUUUGGAUAUGUACAAGAUGGCGAGGCUAUUCUGCCUGCCAGCUGGCAGUCGGCGUUCAACACAGUGACUAGUGUAGGAGGUUUUUUCAGUGCCUUCUUUUGCUCCUGGCUUGCCGAUCGUAUCGGGCGCAAAUGGACAUUGUUUGUUGGAUUAAUGCUCCUGACAGGCGGCAUUCUUGGCGAGAUGUUUACACUUGCUCGCGGCGGGUUUGUUGCAGUUAAGAUCCUCCUUGGAUGUGGACUUGGAUUUAUGCUUACACUGGCACCCCUUACAAUAUCUGAACUGACGCCCGUCGCACUCCGUGGCGUCGCAUUAUCCGGCGUUAACUUGGGUAUUGCUAUUGGCCAACUCCUGUCCAGCGCGGUGAUUAGAGCGUUUGGCUCCCGAUCUGAUAGCUGGGGAUUCCAGGCCCCGUUCGCGAUCCAAUUGUUCUUUAUCGUGUUCCUACUCGCCUUCCUACCCUUCUCACCUGAGACGCCAUGGCACCUUGUCCGCAAAGGCCGCCGCGAAGAUGCGUUACGCUCCCUGCGCCGCCUCUACGGCCCUAACGUCGACGUCGAGGCUGAAGCCGCCUCUAUCGAAUGCACAGUGGUCUUCGAGCGCGAGAGCUCAGAACACUCGGCCACCUGGGCGCAGUGUUUCCGUGGGACAGAUCUACUGCGCACGUCGAUUAGUCUGGGAGUGUUUGUCUGCCAGCACUCCGCUGGUAUUAUUUUUGUCCUUGGCUACUCCACCUAUUUCUUUCAACUCGCCGGCCUUCCUGAGACAGAAAGCUUCAACCUCGGCGUUGGUGUAACUGCUUGCGGUGUCGCCGGGAAUAUCGUGAGCUGGUUUGUGGUCAACUCUCUCGGCCGCCGCACUGUCUUUCUUACAGGCAUGUUCUCGCUGCUUGUUUUGCUCCUUCUCAUUGGAAUCAUGGAUGUCAUUCCAGCGAACGGCGCGCAAUGGGUUCAAGCCGCAGCAACGGUUAUCUACAACUUUGUCUAUUUUGCCACUAUCGGCUCGAUGGCAUACACGAUUCUCGGUGAGACAAGCAGUGCCGCACUACGAGCCAAGACAUCGGGGUUGGCCGCCGCCACACAGUCGAUUCUCGGCGUUGCAAUGAAUUUUGCCAACCCGUAUAUGGUAAACCCUGAUGAGGGCAACCUGCAGGGCAAAGUUGGAUUUGUUUUUGGUGCCCUUUGUGCAGUUGCGUGUGUUUGGAGCUUCUUCUAUAUCCCUGAGCUCAAGGGGCGUUCGAUUGAUGAGAUUGAUCAGCUUUUCCAUCUCAAGGGAACCUUCGUCACCUCGGUCGCGAACAUCACGGAGAAAUUUACCGAGCGAACAGAGCGGACGAGUCCUACAUACCAUGGCAAGCUAGACUUCUUCGAAGUUGGUGCCAUCCAGGAAAUAGUAAUGCAAAACCCCGAUGUGAUCGCCGAGGUGGAGAAACUCCAACUGCCAGAGCAUCUCAGGGUCAUUCCCCAAGCUUGGUGUCAGUUCGAGGGUUACCUGGUUUUUGUGAAAAAGACAACUCUAUGA